GGGUGAGACACUGGCUGUCUUGCCUGCAUGUUAUCUGUGGACCCUGCUGAUGGUACGUCCUACGUACUGUAUUUUGUCUGGUAGAGUUGCUCUUUCGCUUAAAUCAGCUGGUCAUGUUCCUGUUUUGUGCUUGGCUUCAUUUAUAGUGCUAAUUGGCAAAUAUCUCAUUACUCUCAUGCUUAUGCUACUUUAUAGUUACUGUAGUCAUGGUCCCUCUGUUUCCUGUUGUUGAUUAAUAUCAUAUUGUGUGAAAUGUGGGUUAUGAGAUACACCUUCAUAGAAAACUUUGUACAGCUUACUAAUUUACAAAAAAUGUGGUAGUAAUGAUGCUUGCUUUUAUUUCCACACAGUACGUGCUGGUUCUCUGCAAUUCUAUUGGCACUCCCUUGGACCCAAAAUAUAUCGAUAUUGGGCCGCUGUUUGUCACAAUGACCAAAACGCAUGUGAUAGCAGCUUCAAAAGAAGCGUUUUACAUCUGGCAGUAUCGUGUGGCCAAGAAGCUCACAGCAAUGGAAAUUAAUCAGGUAGCACGGACAAGAAAAGAAGGCAGGGAAAGGAUUUAUCAUAUUGAUGACACCCCUUCAGGAUCUGCAGAUGGACACCUUGAUUACAGCAGAGCUUUUGAAGGAACAAGAGAUCCAAUUUGUGCAAUUACAGCAUCUGAUAAGAUACUACUUGUG